CUAAACCCACAACAGUAAAAUCAGUCUGUAUAUGCAGUAAAGCAUGCUUGUUAUACUCCCUGUGGAACCUAAGGGGUUAAUCCUCUGCAUUGUGUAAAAAGGCCGUUUGAUCCUUUCUUCUCUGCCCCUCCUCUUGAUCAAAUGUCUAUGCUGAUAAGACAGACUGAACUUUUAGCCCUUCUGCACAUGCUCAGUUUAGUGCGUAUUGCUAGAGAGGUUGUUUUCUUCUUGGGAGAAGUGCAUUUGAUCAGCACACGGCCAAUCAGCACUGUCCAGACAGAGUUCAGGGGUUCUGCAUCC